CCACAAAAGAGAGAGAGAAAAAAAAAUUAAAUCAGUCAAAAUGACUGACUGACAAACAAUAAAAAAAAGGAAUAAUUCAUAUAUCAUUCAUAGUGGGAAUUUACUUGGCAUGAAUUCUCUCUUCACCACCAUCAAAUUAGAAUUAAAGCUUACUCAUUUCGUUGUUUGCAUGAUGUUUGUUUUAUCAUCAUCAUCAUCAUCGUCAUCGUCAUCAAGUUAUUUUGUUUGUAAUCAUCAAACGGAUAAUAUGUUCUUUCGAAUGUUUUAAUCAUUAUCAUAUAACAUAAUAAAUCAGAUGAUCAGAUUGAUUUUUUGUGUGUGUUUGUGUUUAUUUGUAUUUGAUUUUUCCAUUUAAUGAAUUAAAUAUUGUAUAUCAUUCAUGUAUUAAUGUGUGUAUUGACUACGGGGAGAGAAAAAUCGAAAACAACAAAAAAAUUGAAUCAUGGCCAACAAUAGUAUGUUGCUCACCCCAACUAAUUCACCGCAAACAACCAGUGAAAUGGUUUGUACAAAACGUAAAACCGAAUUACCAAUACUAAAUGCUUAUUGGAUAAAUACCGGAAAACAAUUGUUUGCUAGUGGAUUAUCCGGAUGUGUUGAAGUUUGUUUCACCUAUCCUACCGAUUUCGUUAAAAUUAUUCUACAAUUAGAUGAAAGAAGUGGUAAAAAACGUCGUUUUAAAAAUUCAUUCGAUGUUAUCCGUCAAACAAUACGAAGCUAUGGAAUAUUGGGCGUUUAUCGUGGUUUCAGUGUCGUUUUCUAUGGUGCCAUUCCGAAAUAUAUGUUCCGAUUUGGGUCGUAUGAACAAAUAAAACGAUUCUGUGUGAAUAAUGAUGGUCAAUUAAGGCCUAAAGAUAAAUUAAUCUGCGGUCUUGGUGCGGGCGUUUUUGAAGCAUUAUUCGCUGUCAUACCUCAAGAAUCGAUUAAAGUGAAAUUCAUCAAUGAUCGUUUUAGUGAUCAACCUAAAUACAAUGGAUUAAUACAUGGUAUCAAGGAGAUAAUUAGAGAGAAAGGAAUUCGUGGUACAUACCAAGGAGUAGUGCCAACGCUACUCAAACAAGGAUCCAAUCAGGCAAUCAGAUUUUUUGUCUUUGAUUCAUUACAAGAAUGGAAUAAUAAUCGUCAACCAAUGAAUAAGGAUAAAAAUAAUAAAAUUCUCAUACCGAUAUUUGGCGCGAUUGCAGGAGCAACAUCAGUGUUGGGUAACACACCUAUGGAUGUGGUCAAAACUCGAAUGCAAGGACUUGAAGCACAUAAAUAUCGAGGCGUCAUGGAUUGUAUGGCUAAAAUCUAUCGUAAUGAAGGAUUAUUAGGCUUCUAUAAAGGCUUAGUUCCACGUUUAGUCAAAGUUUCAUUGGAAGUGGCCAUCGCAUUCACCAUGUACAGCACCUUUUCCGAUCUAUUCGGUAUUAACAAAUAGAAUUUUUCAUCAUUUUUUAUUCAAGAAAAAAUUUUUCUAAACAAUUUUUAGCAAGAAAAAAAGAAUUUUUGUGUAUAUAAUUCUUAAAUUGAGACGAUAAUCUUAAAAAUGUCCAUUUGAUUUUUGUCUAAUAAAAAUCAUUUUAAAAAUUA